AUGCCGCUCUUCAGCCGCAAAAAGAAAAAAACAACAACUUUAUCGUUUCCAUGCUCAUUGCUUUUCACUGAGCUGAAAUUGAAGGAAGUUGUUGGCACGGGUCGCUCGGGAAAUACAUUUAGCGCAUAUUGGAUGGGAAGGCAUGUAGCGGCUAGACUCAUGGAUCUGUCAGUCGCUGGUCAAAAAAAUUUAGCCAAGGAACUUUUCAAAGAAUUUCGUCAUGAAAAAGAAGUGGCUGGAGCGCUUCGCCAUCCAAAUAUCGUACAAUUUCUGGGUUCGGCUAGUGUCCCACUUCGUUUCUGUCUUGUUUACGAGUUUAUGGAUGGUGGCACAUUAUCGAGUGUCUUACGAGCCAAGUUGAUGUGCAGCAUUAAUUUUUUUCGACUAACGAACGAUGUGGCUCGUGGCAUGACUUAUUUACAUCAAAAUUCUAUCAUCCAUCGAGAUCUAAAGAGUAGCAACGUGUUGCUGGAUGGAAAGGGUACAGCCAAAAUCUCGGGCUUCGGACAUAGUUGUAUUAUGGAGUGGGGGCACACAGCCGACUUAACAGUUGAGACAGGCUCAUAUAAAUGGAUGGCUCCCGAAAUUAUUCGACAUGAACCGUAUUCUAGAAAGGCUGAUGUGUACAGCUUUGCGAUCAUCAUGUGGCAGCUACUGACUAAAGACAUUCCAUAUAAAAGGCAGACUCCUAUGCAGACUGCCAUUGCUGUAGCCGAACAUCGAAUGCGGCCAGCAUUGCCUCGUAACACGCCGUCUAAGGUUGCUGAGUUGAUUGAACACUGCUGGAAUCCAGACCCAACGCGGCGACCCGACUUUAGUGCUAUUGUUAAAGUGUUGCCUUUUAUCAAGCAGUCGCUAAGCAAGACGGAGUUUAAGAAAGCAGGCAUAAUGUACACCUUGGACCAUGACACAUGA